CGGGCGGCGGCUCCUCGGCGGCUCGGCGGCGGGGCCGGGCCGCGGGCCACCAUGCUGGGCCUGGACGCGUGUGAGCUGGGGGCGCAGCUGCUGGAGCUGCUCCGGCUGGCGCUGUGCGCCCGAGUGGGAGGUCCAGCUGGCCAGACGGCAGGCUCCAGCAAAUGCCAGGUCAGCUGGCAGCAGCUGCUCACACACCCUCCCCGACCCCCAGUCCUUCUGACGGACAAGGAGAAGGGGCAGCUGCCGCCAGAUGAGGUGCUGGAUGAGGCCGUGCCGGAGUACCGGGCCCCGGGGAGGAAAAGCCUCCUGGAGAUCCAGCAGCUGGACCCGGACGAUGAGAGCCUGGUUAAUUACAAGCGGGCGUUGCUGGGGCCUGAGCCGCCUGCCGUGGACCCAAGCCUGCCCAACGUGCAGGUGACCAGCCUGACACUGAUGUCUGAGCAGGCCCCAGGGCCCAUCACCAUGGACCUCACAGGGGAGUUGGCUGCGCUGAAAAACCGGGUGUUUGUCCUGAAGGAGGGUGUUGAUUACAAAGUGAAGAUUACCUUCAAGGUCAAUAAGGAGAUCGUCAGUGGCCUCAAGUGUCUGCAUCACACCUACCGCCAGGGCCUGCGAGUGGACAAAGCCGUCUACAUGGUGGGCAGCUAUGGCCCGAGCGCCCAGGAGUACGAGUUUGUGACUCCGUUGGAGGAGGCGCCCCGGGGCGUGCUGGUGCGGGGUGCCUACGUGGUCACGUCCUUCUUCACCGAUGACGACAGGACCCCCCACCUGUCCUGGGAGUGGGGCCUCCACAUCUGCCAGGACUGGGAGAGCUGAGCGCCCCCUGCCCCAGGGCUGUGUUCCCACUUGCGGUCCUGGUCUCCCCCACCUCUGUCAGUCGCUGCAAGGGACCCCUGACCAUUCCCCGGCCCCCUCAGUGGCCAGACCCCCCUGCCCUCUGUCCUGUCCCGGGAUGUCCCCUCCCCAGGCCUGGCACUGUGCCCUGAACAGUCCUAUUAAACGUUGCUCUGUCUUGGUG